AUGGGCUGGCUCUGGAACUCGGGUCCUACCAAGGACACACCUAGCGAAUUACCCAAAGCCACAACUCCACCCACAAUCCCAGAAAUCCAAUCAACACCCAAAAAGUUGACACCAGACGAGCAAGCCGAUCUAGAGUUCAACCAACUUCUCGCAGACCUCCGAAAAGCAGACACAGAACUAAACGCUGCUUCUGGAUCUACAUCCACAAAUGAAAAUGGCACACCAACUUCAUCAAUUGCCCCGGAAUCUCUAUACGCAGAUACAAUGUCCUGCCGUACAGCCUUCGACUACGCUUUCUUCUGUCAAUCCUUCGGUGGUCAAUUCGUGAACGUAUACCGUUACGGUGAACUGCGAUCUUGCAGUGAACACUGGGAUAAUUUCUGGCUAUGCAUGAAGACGCGUGGAUGGUCGGAUGAGUUACGCAGGAAGACUAUUCGGGAUCAUAAUCGCAAGAAGGCGAUUAAGUACAAGACUGGUCCUAGUAGUGAGGAUAUUUGGGAUGUCAGACUUGAUCCCGCGAGUGAUUCGUUCAAGGGAGACUUUGUGGCUAUGGAGAGAGAGAUGAAGGCUGAGGAGGAGGCUCAGAAGCAAAAGAAUGCCGCUUGA